AUGUUUUUGACUUCCCUAUCUACUGGUUGCUUUGAAAGUCAUGAAGCUUUAAUCCAACAUGCCCAAUUUCAUGCUCUUAAUCAUGGAUAUGCUGUAUGCAUUAAAAGAUUAGAACGAGAUAAAUUUGUUUAUCUGUGCUGUGAUAGAGGUGGUGUCUAUAGAAAUUCUCUAAAUCUUACAGAUGAAACUUGUCAAAGGGCCAUGAGUUCACGCUUAAUAGAUUGCCCUUUUGAACUCUAUAGAAAAAAGAAAAAUGAACAAUGGCAUUUGACAAUAAAGAAUCCAAUUUACAACCAUAAGCUGUCAGAAGACAUGUCGGGCCACCUAUCACAUCGCAGAUUAAAUCUAAAAGAACAACAAAGAGUUCAUCAAAUAUCUGAUGCAGGUAUCCAUCCUAGAGAAAUGCUUUCAACCUUUCGCCAAGACAACCCAAAUCUUAUGGCCAUUUCAAAAACCAUAUAUAAUGCACGAGAUAAGAUUAGAUGUGACAACCUUAAAGGUCGUAUGCCAAUCCAGGCUCUUCUUGAUGAGCUCAAAGAAGAAAACAUGAUUAUCAAUGCUCUUGUUCAUAUUGCCCAUAUUUUUAUAGAUAUUUCAAAACCUCAGCACAUUGAAAAAAAUGUGCUGUCCAAUUGCCAUCACUACCUUCCUAUAGAAGAUGAAUUAAGAGAAUUUUUAAGAAGUUGGUCCAUCCUUAUAAAUUCUAAAUCAGAAGAAGAGUUUAAUGAAAAAUGGGAAGAACUGGUAAGGAAAUAUAAUGAGAAACCAUCAAUUACUAAAUACCUACAGGAUGUAGAAGGAUCUUAUGCAAUGUUGAAAAAGUAUCUUCAAGUAUCAACCAGAGACCUUCAUGCAGUUCAUGAAAGAAUCGUCUUGGCGUUGAAGAAUCAAUACCAAGAAAUCAAAACCCAAAUUUCUCAAGAUGCGACAUCAGAAAAUUCACUGCAACCCUGUACUGGUACAUUCACAUCAUCGAUGGGUCUUCCUUGCUCAUAUAUAAUUCAAGAGCAUCUCAACAAUAAUCAAUACUUACAACUUAAUGAUUUUCACAAACAUUGGUGGCUUCAAAGACACCAAUUGUUUCUAUCAAUACCAACUGGACCAGCUUACCAACAAACAACAGCUUUGAACGAAAUGUCAAGCUUGUUUCAAGAAACUGCUAUUACUAUGCAAGACCCACAGGAACAACACAUAAGGGGAUGCCUAGUUGGUGCAAGAAAUGCACAAUCAUCUAUUUGA